AUUUUAUUCGAUGUGCACCCUCCCUGUAAAAGUUCUGGUUACGGCCCUGAAUGGUAAAAGGUUCAUUAAGCAAUGUUAAGUCAUUUGAUCAUGCUCUUUAUUAAUGCUUAGCAUAUGUCAAAUUUUCUAGAAUUACUGUGAAUGAAUGCUAAACAUCGAGUGUUUGAGGCAUAACAUACUGUACAAUAAUGGAUAUUGUCACUCCCUUGGACCUUAUAAUUCCAACCUGUUCCAUGGUCUUUGCAUGGUUAAUCGUCUACUCCUUAAUCUGUCUUGUAAACCAGCAACGAAGCUACGAAUGGAACUGUCGUCUCGUGUCAAUCUUUCAUGCAUGUUUGGUAACAUUGCUUAGCUAUUGGUGUGGAUUCCAGACUGGACCAUGGCCGUUUGACGCACUUGGUUACACUUCCACUCCAUUUCAGACAUUAAUACUCCUGAUUUCAUUUGGAUACUUCAUAUUUGACUUUAUUUGGUGUGUGUAUAUGGAAACCGAGGGGCCUGUGAUGCUUAUACAUCAUGUAACGUCAGUUCUCACUCUUGGCUAUGCUUUAUCGAUCGGUCUCUCAGGAUCUGAAAUCAUCGCAGCCAUAUUUGGAAUGGAAAUGACUAAUCCAUUUCUUCAGUUACGUUGGUUUUUACGAGAAACAGGCAACUAUCAAACAAGAUUGGCAUAUGGGAAUGACUUUAUUUUCAUGGCUUUGUUUCUAUAUUUACGUCUUGGUCCUGGUUCGAUCUUAACGUACCAUACCACUCUGGCUGAGAAACCUACAAUACUGAUUAAAGCUGGAGGACUAAUCCUGUACCUUGUUAGUAUCAUAUGGAGCAUACUCAUACUUCGAUUUGCAAGAUAUAGAUUUUUUGGGAAGAAGAAAAAUUAAAAGUAGUGACUCUCAAACUGCGUUUAAAUGAUACCAGAUGAAUUCUCAACCAGUCAAAAAUUUGACUUGUACAUACAGUUUGCACAAAACUGUCUCUUUGAUCGUAUGAAGAAAAUAUUUUGUUUAGACGAAACUGGAUCCAAAUUUGCAUGGCUUGAGGUGAAUGAAAUGAAUGGAGGCCAAUAAAGGUACAACUUUUUGACUGGUUGAAAAUUUGUCUGCCGUACUACAGGGUAAACGCAGCGUCAGUCUCUUCCUAGCGUUACUGCAAUAGUCUCCUUCACAGUUCCCUGCCCCAUCUUGAAAGUUAGCCGUGCCUUUGCAUCAAAGCGAGACGAAUGGUGAGAUUGCAAUGAUAGAGACCUUUUUUAAAAACCUUGAACAAUAAUAUUUUAAUUCACCUGUCUCUAUCAUUGCAAGCUCACUGUUCGUCUCGCUUUGUGGUUGGCUUGGUUAGGCAAUGGCCUGUUGUGCGGGAGGUCAUGGGUUGAAGCUUUAGCUGGACCAACAGUCUGGGUCUUAAAAUAUUCAAGUACAUGUAGGAGGUGCUGUCUUUGCUUUAAAAAAUAUCUCCAUAUGGUUAGACCUUCAGCAUGGCCACAUUAAAUAAGUAGUCCUGUCUUAUUCAGAGACUCAUUAGAAAUAGAGGGUACAAGGUUAUCAAUGCUAAGUUGGCAACAACUGUCAUAAUAAUGUGAUUCUCUCUGAAUAACUAAAGUCUAUCAUGCCAUAUGGUUUUGUUUUUACCCAAGCUAGACCACAAUGCAUUCUGCUUUUGAACUUAUAGAAGGCUACUUAUAUAUAAUGAAUAAUAAAUUAGCAUUCAUUAUGAUAGGCAAGGCCCUAUGUGCCAUGAGGCGACACCAGAGAAAAACAUUUGCGCAUGCGUGCAUUUCAGCACGUUUUCUAAGAAUUUAGAAGAGUUUGAGUGAGAAAAUAAAUGUUUGUUUUCUCUGCGUAUACAAAAAGAAUUCGCGAAUAUACUUUU